AUGACGCCGCUGCUCAGGGCCGACAGGCUCGGCAGCGAGCUGGGGAUAGACAACCUGUACAUAAAGAACGACUCUGUCAACCCAACCUUCUCGUUCAAGGACAGGCCUGCGGGCGUGGCCGUCUCCAAGUCCCUGGAGUUUGGCCUGUCCGCUGUGGGCUGCGCGUCCACCGGAAACCUGUCGUCUGCCACCGCGGCGCACGCGGCAAGGGCCGGACUGCCAUGUUACGUCUUUGCCCCCAGCGACAUCGAGAUGGCAAAGAUCGCGCAGGCCCUCUCGUACGGGGCCAGGUACACCCCGAUCAAGGGCACGUAUGACGACGCAAACAGAAUCGCCGCAUACGUGGGGGACAGCAAGGGGUAUGGUAUUGUAAACAUCAACAUGCGCUCGUACUAUGUGGAGGGCUCCAAGACCCUGGCCUUUGAGGUCGCAGAGCAGCUGGGCUGGAGGGUGCCGGAUCACCUUGUGGUUCCUGUGGGCAGCGGCGCGAUGCUCAACGCGAUCUGCAAGGGCUUUGAGGAGCUGCAGCAGGCCUCCCUGCUGGGAGACGUCUCCCAGAUGAGCGUGGAGGCCGCCCAGGCGCGGGGAUGCGCGGAGGUGACGCCCGUCGAGCGCCCGGACACCGUUGCCAAGAGCCUGGCCAUCGGCGACCCAGGGGACGGCAGGUACGUCCUCAAGCGGCUCGCCCAGUAUGGCGGCUCUGCGGAUGACGCCACCGACCAGGAGAUCAUGGACGCGAUACUGCUGCUGGCAAGGACAGAGGGAGUGUUUACCGAGCCUGCCGGCGGCGUGUCUGUCGCGGCGCUCAGGAAGAUGGCCGAGUCGGGCAGAAUCGACUCGGGCGACACCGUCGUGUGCUACAUUACGGGCAACGGCCUCAAGUCGAUCGAGCCACUGAUGCGAGUCCUGCCAAGGCCCCAGGCGGUGGAGGCCGAUCUGGGAAAGAUCGCGGCGGUGAUCAAGUAG